GCAUGCGUCAGCGCCGUCGGUAGAUCCGUUCAAUUCCGCAAGGUCGAUCUCAGCCCCGCUAGCUGACAAACAUGAUGUCCCUUGCUGCUCGUUCGGGGACGUUUUCCCCUUACUUACAAGCUACAAAUUAUGUCGUGGCGGGUCCACUAAAGCCUCUCAUACCCGGCGUCGUCGUGAAGACCGAUAAAAUGUUGAUGGACACGAAGAAACCGUUCCUGUGCCGCGAGUCCUUGUCUGGGCAGAGCGCUAAGAGCGGCCUCGCCGUAUCCAUCAGCCUCAACGCUCGUUCUUCAGUCCGUUUCGCCCACACAGACAUCAAGAUCCCUGAUUUCUCUGACUAUCGCCGACCUGAGGUUUUGGACUCAAAGAAGUCCUCACAAGAGAGUGGUGAUGUCCGGCGGGCCUUCUCCUAUCUGGUCACAGGUUCCACUGCUGUGAUUGGAGUCUAUACAGCCAAGACAGUUGUCACACAGUUUAUCUCCUCCAUGAGUGCCUCAGCUGACGUGUUGGCUCUGUCCAAGAUUGAAGUCAAGCUAUCAGACAUCCCUGAGGGUAAGAACAUGACCUUCAAAUGGAGAGGGAAGCCCCUGUUUGUGCGCCACAGAACAGAAAAAGAGAUUGCAACUGAAGCAGAUGUCAAUCUCUCAGAGCUCCGGGACCCCCAGCACGACAAAGACCGUGUUCAGAACCCGACCUGGGUUAUUGUCAUCGGUGUGUGCACCCAUCUGGGCUGUGUGCCCAUUGCUAAUGCUGGUGACUAUGGUGGCUAUUACUGCCCAUGCCACGGCUCUCAUUACGACGCAUCUGGUCGCAUUAGGAAAGGCCCUGCUCCACUCAAUCUGGAGGUGCCCUUCUACGAGUUCCCAGACGAUGAUACAGUGAUUGUAGGAUAAAGGACUAUACUAUAAUACUAUAAUCAACGAUGAACAUGCGCUUUACUUGUUUGAUUUUUGUCUAGUUUCAGACACAUUAUCUGCAUUGACUCGAUGGGUAACAAAGGUUAAUUGUAAGUAAUAAAGUGUAUUUUAUCUGAUGGAAACCUCACUCAGCUCUUAUUUAUUCAGUCUCAAUAUACGGCAUCACAUGGGUUGUUUAAUUUUACGCAUUGCAGGUUUUUCAGAUAAGGAACAAAUUAGAUCUUUACAUUGCCAUAACGCACAAUUGUUCAAGUGAUAAAGACAGAAACUGUAGAAAGUCAGGUAGGUGAUGUUUGCAGAGUGUAGGUGAACAAAAAAUUAGCAAUUUAUAAUACACAAGCAAUGAGACUUCACUUCACUGAUAUUUUCUUUUGUUAUAAUCAGUGAUAAAGUGACAACUGUUUGAUUGUGGCUUGGUUUCAGUGAAAGCUGAUGAGAAUAGCAAAAAAUUUGAAAUGUGUAAGUGUUAAAAAUGCUCUUUCUGAUACGUGAAUAAACAGAACUAUAAGGUGUAUUUAAUGUGUACAGAGAUAUGAACUAAAUAAAACGGUCUGAUCACUG